UAUCCCACCCCCUUGCAAUUCAAUUUUCAACCGCAGUUCUCGCUUCCAUCCUCAUCCGCUUAAGCCUGCCUCCUCCUCCUCCUCCUCCUCCAUAGCUACACCUCUGUGAUCAUCUUCUUCAUAAUUAACCCUUAAUUCAUCCUCUCCUCCUCCAUUUUCAGAUUUCCUUCUUGGGGCUGCGACGUGAUCGUUUCUGUAGAUAAUCAGUGUUCGCGCGAGGAGGAUCGGACAAGCAGCUAUGCAGAGCCAACUUGUAUGCAGUGGGUAUAGGAGCAUUCUUCUUUAUCCUGGAGGGGCUACUAAUGUAUGCUGUGCAUUAUGCAAUACAGUCACCUCAGUUCCUCCUCCUGGAACAGAUAUGGCUCAACUUAUAUGUAGAGGUUGCAGGACAUUGCUUAUGUAUGCACGUGGGGCAACAAGUGUUAGAUGCUCAUGCUGCCAUACAGUGAACCUUGCACCUGCUACGAACCAGGUGGCACAUGUUAACUGUGGAAACUGUCGAACUACACUCAUCUUUCCCUAUGGAGCUCCAUCUGUCAAGUGUGCGAUUUGUCACUAUGUUACUAAUGUUGGUAUGUCCAACGUGAGGGUUCCUAUUCCAGUGCACAGACGAAAUGGAACAAUUAGCUCUGGGAUGCCCCCUGCAUCAUCAUCUCAGAGCCAAACUGUUGUAGUUGAGAACCCUAUGUCUGUAGAUGAAAGUGGCAAAUUGGUGAGCAAUCUUGUUGUCGGUGUCACGACGGAUAAAAGGUAACGUGGUGGAGAUGAGCAAUCUUGUUGUCGGUGUCACGACGGAUAAAAGGUAACGUGGUGGAGAGGAUGGUUGAUUGAUGGGAUUUACUAUUAUCGGUUUAAAAAGGAUGGGAGGAAGCGAUCUAUAUAUAUAUAUAUAUAUAUAUAUAUCUUUAGUACAUUACUAUACUGCUUGGGAUAUGAAUAUGGUUUUGGAAAUUUCUGUAUAGUUUGUCUCUGGAUUUUCCCUCGAAGUCACCAUUCAUUAUUGAGUCAACGUCAAUUUGAGGUUCAGAUAAGUUUUUACCCUGGGAAUGUGAUGUAUAUUGUGGACCAGAAGAAUUGGAUAUAUAGUGUGAUUUUCUGUACCGAAUCAUUGAGCUGUCUCGCAAGUAAAAAUAUUAUACAUCCAUUGUAUCCCCCUUAGGUAAAUGAGUAUAAACCCUGUCUUGUAAUUCUGUUUCCUUGAUUGGUGAUAUGAUAUGCAUUUCGAAUUUCAUUGGUUUUGUUCA